AUGUCUCCCACGCAGCUCAUCAUUGCGGCGUACGCCCAGCCUUCGGGUGCAUCGCUUGGAGACGCCAACACGCAACUCUAUGAUGUGCAGAAGUCCCCCUUGGCGUGGGGCUUGAUAGUGCCCCUCCUUACCUACGACGCGCCGGGGGACGGGACGGCUGUACACUUCUUCGGCGCACACACGGCGGUGGUGAAGGUCGCGCGCGAUUGGGACUCGCUGCCCGCGGAGCACCGGUUCGCCCUCCGCGAUCUGCUGCUAGCGCUUACUGCCGAUGCGGUGCGCCGCGGUCGCCCGAUGCUGGUCUUGCGCAAGCUGUUCGUCUGCCUUACCUCCCUUGCAAUCCGGCUUGCGCCACGAAAUUCGUCCGGAGAAGCGUGGACGGAUUGGAUCCUCAUGUGCAUUACUACGAUUUCCGGAGCGGCUUCAAGCGACCCCACGCGUGUCAAGCUGCUCGUGAACGAGUUCCUUACCAUCGUCGCCGAGGAGAUACCCACCGCGGAUGUCGUCGACCCCAGCAAGAAAUCGCAACUUGCCCAAACCCUCCACGACGCCUCGCCCGUAGUCACCAAUUUGAUCCGGGAACAACUAGAAUCCCCCUCAACAACCGGUCAAGAGCUCGAAGCCGCCGUCCGAACGCUGCAAGCCUGGCUCAGCCAACUCCGGGCCGACGACCUGACAUCCCUCAUCCCCCUCCUGCUCGCCCGUUUAGGUGAUGGUCGAGACCCCUCUACCUUCACCCCCGCCGCCUCCGCCCUCGCCGAGAUCCUCUCCCGCGCGCCCGCCUACCAGAACGGCGCGGGCUCGCGCACGCUAACAGAGCCGCUUCUUCUAUGGCUCGAUGGGCCCGGCAGGCAGGUGGUGGAUCGGGUCGUCAGGGAGGCUGCAUCGGAGAUGUCCCAGUCAAACGAGGACGAUAACGCAGACGACGACCUAGACGACGAGGCGGCGCGCGCCUUGAUAGAGCUGCUAGCGGCGCUUGGCGAGCACUCGGUGGAGUAUGUGUCGCGCUGGGUGGCGAGCGCGCGGGUGGUGGGGGCGGUGCCAGGGAUAGGCAUGCAAAGCCAGCCACGCACACGCGGCGAGCUGGUGCAGCACUUCCUGGGCGUCCUGCUCGCAUUGACAGUGUUGCCGUACGAUGUCGAGGGGAGGCCGUUGGGGAGUGUAGCUUCCGGGACGUUUUCAACCAACGUGCCCUCUUCGGCCAUCUUCGACGACGCGGGCGGUGUCCGCGGUGAGGCGCUCCUGGCCUUUUGGUACCAGCUACAGGAGGAGGUGUGGAACAUCGACUGGGAGGAGGAUGCAGUCGACGAUACGGAUGCGCUCGGGGUCGAGGAGGCAGCAUGGCGCGACGGGCACCGCGCAGCCUCCUCAUUCGCGCCAACCUCUCCGACCUCGAAUAACGUGGACCAAGAGCAGACCCGUGCGUUGGCUGCUGUGCGGGCGGUGUACAGCCGGCUCGUCCGCGCGCUGCGUGCGAAGAUGGUGUUCCCACCCGGAGCGGAGAGCGGUGGUUGGAUGAAGGACCAGGUAGAUCGGUUUAAGACAUAUCGACGAGACGUUGGAGACACGCUGAUCAAUGCUUACUAUGUGCUCCGCGACGACAUGCUUGGGUACUACGUCGACGAUGCGCUCGACCGCUUGUUAAGGCCCGUGGUCGAGUGGGAACAAAUAGAAGCUACCCUCCACUGCGUCUCGUCUAUCGAUGAGGCCCUGCCUUCCGUCGAGGAUGUAGCCAAGAGCAGCGAUGAAGGUGACUCUACGGCACAUCGGACGCCUGCGCUGCUCGCGCGGAUACUUGGGCCUGAUGUUCUUGCGCGGCUACCAUCCACGGGUGCGCCGCGCGUGCGAAGAACAGCGCUCGGGUUGCUAGACACAUACGCUGCCUACCUCGGCCACCCGGCAAUGCCGCCCGCGACGCUCCCCAGUGCGCUUGAAUACGCAACCAGCGCACUUCGUGAACCAAGGCUAUCAUUGGUAGCAGCGACCGCCUUGCGGAGUAUUUGUGACGCCAAUCGCGCUAUUCUGGCCUCGCGAGUGGGUGUCAGCGCAUUUGGGGGAGUGGCGGAGAUGUGCGUGGGCGAGGGCGGGGUGCCGGACACGGAGAAGGGCAAGGUGCUGCAGAGUGUGGCGUCUGUGAUACAGGCGGUGGAUCCGGUGGAGGGUAUUGCGCCAGUCGAGGCGUUGGUCACGCCGCUUGUGAACAGAGCAAUGUCCGCUCGUGAGCCAGAAGACGUCACAUUGUGCCUGGACAUCCUCGUCGGCAUCGCGCGCGGGCUUCAGAGGCCGUCACAUCCGCUUGAAGACGCGUGGACGGAGAGCGAGGGCGGUCGUCUGGCUCAAGAGGCUGCCCGUAUGGCCCAGGCAAGAGACGAUCCUCGUGCUGUCCAUCUGCGGGAUAGCCUCGGUGCCCUCAUGCGUCACUGCACGGAGACAUGGGGCCAGGAUGUUGGCGUGUGCACGUCGUUGAGCGACCUCAUCAAGGCACUCUCCGCCGCCGCACCUCUCGACACCGGCGUCCUCACCGUACCACCAGCACCCCUCAUGGAGCUCAUCUGCAGUGCUUUGCAACGCAGCGUCAACAGCACAUGGCUAGCCCUGCUCUCGAAGCUCACCGCCAGCCUGACUGCCGCGACCAGAGACCCCGAUUCUCCGUUCAAGCGGGAUCCAGGAAAGGAAGCCCGCGCUGUCGUCUUGCGGCUCCUGCCUGCGGUCAUCGGCACUGUGCUACCGUGGUUUGGUGGUGUAGAGGGCAUGCGGAAUAACCCAGACGUCGCGCAAGAGUUCUUUGGCUUGAUGGAGCGCAUGGCGGAGGAGUACACGCAGGACCUGUAUGCGAUGCCCGAGGGUGCUCUUGACGGGCUGAUGCGCUGCACGAUUGUCGCGCUUGGGUUGCAGGAGAGAUAUUCUAUGAUCGCGGCCUGCAAGUUCAUUCGCGCGGUAUUUCAUCGGACAUGUACCUUGGACGCGCUGUCGCAAAGUCCAGCUCGCGAGUUUCUCGUUCAAACGUACUUCGCUCCAGUGCUGCGUGCAGCCCUUGAGGGCAUCGCGGGUGCUACACCUCUAAGUACGCAUGUGAACUUGAUCGACCUAUUGCAGCUGCUGUCACUGCGCUGUCCGGAGGAGAUGAAGCGAUGGGCAGGAGAGGUUCUCUUCGCACCGGACUUUAUGCCACAAUCACGCGCCAAUCCAGAAGUGAAGGAGAAGUUCGCGAAAGCUCUCAUCAGGUAG